GAGAGCUGGCUAUAGGUUCUCACUGAUAGUGUCUUCUAGCUAGUCUUGCACCGACGACAGUCUGACACUCAGUCUAUUCACUUUCACUCAGAGUCUGACACUGACAAUAAUGCAAGGCCUUAUGCCAACUUGCAAGCUCAUCACUGUGAUCCCUGCCAUCUUGCUGCUGCUUGGACUGAUGACCGGCGUCGCCCAUGGCCGGCGGCGGCUCGUGUCCAGCCACGACGGCGAGCCGUGCCUGAACAUGACGGUCUACUACCACGACAUCCUCUACGACGGCACCAACACGGCGAACGCGACGGCGGCGGCGGCGACGCAGCCGACGCUGCUGAGCAGGUCGGUGUCCAUCAACGACACCUACUUCGGCGAGAUCGUAGUGUUCAACGACGUGGUGACGGCUGCGCCGGCGCUGGCGUCGGCGCCGGUGGCGCGCGCGGAGGGGUUCUACUUCUACGACAGGAAGGAGGCGCUCAGCGCGUGGUUCGCCUUCUCCCUCGUGUUCAACUCCACGGCGCACAGGGGCACGCUCAACCUCAUGGGCGCCGACCUCAUGGCGGAGAAGACGAGGGACAUCUCCGUCGUCGGCGGCACCGGCGACUUCUUCAUGGCGCGCGGCGUCGCCACGCUGCGCACCGACACCUUCCAGGGCCUGUACUACUUCAGGCUGCAGAUGGACAUCAAGCUCUACGAGUGCUACGUCUAAGACCAUACUUUAUGCAUGCAUCCGUUGGUAAAAUGAAGAUCGAAAUGCAUGACGUGCUGUGCUAUUGUUACCCUGCCUUGUUUGUUUUGUUUUGUUUUUCUUUUACAAGACAAUGUUACCAUGCCUUGUUGGGAUGGUUAUUACUUCAUAUUUGUACGCAUUUUCAUUGGCAUAUCACGGUAGUAGAACUAUGUAUUGUGUGUGUACACACGUCUGGGUAUGCAUACACAUGGGUUUUGUGUGCCCAUGUGACACCUUUUAUAUUUUCCAAUAAAAGUAUAAAAUCUCACUCACAUAGAUACU